AUGAAAUUCAAAGCAAACUUAUCAAGUAACAUUUUCAAAAAAAUCAUAUAUAAAUUUUUAAUUUCACUAAUAUUAUUAAGCAAUUACAGUUGUAAUUCUACAACAUUCAAAAGGGACGAAAAUAAUAGCGGAGGAUCUCGAUGGGUAUUUUGGACUUAUAAGGCGAAUGGAGAACGACAAUGUGCUUACCUUUGUAUUCUUGUCUUAAUCAUUUUAAGCAUAUUAUAUAUAAUAAUUUGUAUUAGUUAUAUUUGGUAUUGGAUUUUUCGUUCUAAAACGAGCAUCAUACAUGCAAGAGGUUUUAAAUCUCCUCUAAAAAUCCCUCAAAUACAUAUUGAUUACGCUGAAGGAGACUCGAAUAUAACACAUAUUGAUGAACAAUAUGAAGAAGCAGAAAAAUUUACACGAGAAUAUCCACCACAAGAAGAGUUACCACCUCCUGAUCAUAUUGACUAUAUACAAAGCGUUGGAGGCGCAAGAGCAUGGCAGUGGAUCGCUGAAGAAUGGAUGUUAGCAGAUCAAACCAUUGCGAUCAGUAACGAAGGCGAAAUCAUAAAGUUUUUAAAGAAUAUGAAUGUUAGUAUACAAACUAAUUAUCCAUGUUUUGUGCCGGGCAUUAACGCACAAGAAGGUGAUCAAGUUAAUUUUUCAGAGGAAAUGUUUGAAGAACCUCAGAGCAUUUCGCAUAGACAAGGACAAAUGUUGCAUUAUUAUGAAAUUACUAUAUUGGAGAAUAGUGAUACUAAUAUUUCAAUUGGUUUGGCUACCAAGCCUUAUCCCUAUUUUAGAUUACCUGGUUUGAAUUUAUAUUCUGUUGGUUAUCAUUCUAUUAAUGGUUACAAAUAUAACGAUAAUAAUAUUGCAACGAGUUAUGGUCCUGAUUGGACGGAAGGAGAUACUGUUGGUUGUGGUUAUAAUCCUACCGUUGGUCAUGUUUUUUUUACCAAAAAUGGGGAAUUCUUGGAAAUUGCUUUUACUGAUAUAAGGCAUAUUUGGUUUCCUACUAUUGGCGCUAGUGGUCCUUGUGUCAUCGAGAUUAAUUUUGGUAAUGACCCCAAUUCUUUUUUAUAUAAAGACGCUAGAGGCUAUGGUCCCGGUGGACCUAUUUUAUUAAGCAAUCAAAGGGGUUCUUCCAAAAAUCGGACUUGA